AUGGCUACCCCCAGUGUCCUUACCUUUGAUGCUGAGGGUCGUGCUGUUGACUUUGAGGUCUGGGUCGAUGACCUCCAGCUGGGUGUUCCCCCUCCCCCCUCGUGCCCUCUGUUGCUUCUGCUGCUGCGGCCGACCUCGUUGGUUUCGAGUUGGUCGGCGCCGCGUCUGCCCCUAGCGAGAGACGCCGCACCGACAAGGGCAAGGGGGGCAAGGGCUUUGGAGGGGCUGGCGGGGGCGGUGGAGGUGGUGGUGGAGGCAGUGGAGGGGGUGGGGGUGGUGGUGGGAGUGGUGGCGGGGGUUAAGGUGACAGUGGCAGCAGUGGAGGCGGAGGAGGCGGCGGCGGUGGCGGAUGGAGCGGAGGCGGCGGAGGUGGCGGAGGCAGCGGAGGUGGCGGAGGCUGCGGCGGCAGCGGUGGAGCUGGUCGCGGCGCUACGCAGAGGAGUGGUUCCGGUGGUGGUCUGCGCCAGCAGCAGCAGCGCGCUCGUGAGACCCCGUCCCCUCAGCAGCUUCGUGAGUGGUACGCUGGGCGUCAGCGAGGUGGGGGUACUGGUCCCUGCACCUACGUCCUCCGUACAGGCGACCGUGCUGGUGAGCAGUGCGGGGGCCCGCACUCCACCCAGCGCUGCUUCGGCCGCCUGA